CAGCUUCUUAUUUUUCCACGUUUCAUUCACCGUUCAUCUCCUCACCGCCUCCUAUGCCCAAUCACAUACGUUUGCUUCCACCGCUUUCAAUUUCUUCCUGGGUUACAUGGUGAAUGGUAUUUGAUCCAAUUUUUUUUAGCCCAUACAAAUCAGCUGCCGACAACUCCAUCUCAGGGCUUUGAUCUUAUCGUACAACAAUCGUACAGCUCCUCUUAGUGAAGGCUCAUCAGGAAGUCAUUCGGCCUGAAGUUGUUAUCGUGACUAUCAUUUUAGACCAGUUAUGUUCAAUCGUCUUCCCAUAGGCAGCUACAUCAUCACCAUCUGUAAAAGUGGUUUUAGCUUCGACGAUAGUAGUGGUGAAGAAGACGGAGAUAGCAAUGUAAAGCAACAACCAGGUUUGGAAACUUGCGACAUUUCCGAGAACUUUAAUGCUUUGUCUGCUUGGAUAAAUGUUCGAAGCAACAACAACCUCUCAAUAAUGAAGUAUUUUAAUGAGGAAUAACCAAGUAAAUAAGAAAAAUGAAGAACAAAAAGAGAAACCGGUGUGAAAGGAGAGGAUAAAGACUCAAAUUUCAAUAAGAAACUUGAGAAGGUAGCAGGAAUUCAAUCUCAUACGUUUGAUAAAUUACAUGUAAUAUAGGUGAUACCAAAAAGACUUUCUUCAGAAGAAGUCGGUGGAUAACGUGUUAAAUUACAGUGACAUUCUGCUUAUAUUUCU